AUGAAGGCUACCGCAACACUCACCACUCUCGCCCUCGCGGCAUCAGUUCUCGCCGAUGACUGGACCCUGCCCAAGCGAGAUGUGGCCACCAUCCAGACCGUAAUCACAAACGCCCAGAACGCCCUGUCACAACUCGACACGACUGUAAAGGCAUUCGACGGCAAGAACUUCCAACAGCUGGCCACCGACGCCGGCAACCUCAAGAACGUCCUGACCCAGGGCACACAACAAAUCCAAGCAACGACCCCCAUCUCGGCCAACGACGCAGUCAGCCUGCAGGGCUCCCUGGGCCCCGUCCAGACGGCGGCGCAGAGCCUCAGUAGCGACCUCGCCUCCAAGAAGACCGAGGUCGAGCAGGCCAGCCUGUGCGACGUCGUCUUCUCGCAGACCAAGGACAUCGGCACGGCGGCCAAGGGCCUCAUCGACGCCACCGUCCAGAAGACCCCCGCCGAGAUCCAGCAGAUCGCCGGCCAGCUCACCGGCCAGUUCACCGCCCAGCUGGACCAGGUGUCCAACAACUUCGCCACCGGCAACUGCACCAACGCCUCUGGUGGCUCGGCCGCCAACGCCGGCAUCACGAUGGGCAACGGCACCUCGACGACCAACUCGGGCUCGUCCAGCGGCAGCACCCUCGGCAAGUCGGCUGCCUCGGUCAACACUGCCGGCGCCUUCGGCUUCGUGGUCGCGGCUGUCGCUGGUCUGUUGAUGCUGUAG